UUUCAUAAAACCAAGAUGAUCAUUUGGAUAAAGAUGAGUUUUUUAAAAAAUAAAUAGGAAAGUUUUAACAAAUUUGUACACUUUAAUAUGUACACGUCUGAUUGAGUUGUAGAACUUAGCCAAUUAAUCUCCAUUCUAUAUAAAUAACUUACUCAAAUUCUUUCUUUUCUCCUUCAAUUUCAGAAAACAACGAUGAAGAUAAUGGUGGCAAUUAAGCGCGUAGUUGACUAUGCCGUGAAAAUCAGAGUCAAACCCAACAAGACUGGGGUUGAGACCCAGAAUGUGAAAAUGUCUAUGAACCCCUUUUGUGAGAUUGCACUGGAAGAAGCUUUGAGAAUGAAAGAGUCAGGUUUGGCUUCUGAGGUGGUGGCUGUCAGCAUGGGUCCAGCUCAGUGCAUUGACACUCUUAGGACUGGUUUAGCCAUGGGAGCUGAUAGGGGUAUUCAUGUUGAGUCAACUGAAGCUUUAUUCCCACUCUCUGUGGCAAAGCUUUUGAGGGCUCUUGUUGAGGUUGAGAAACCUGGGCUUCUCAUUCUUGGCAAACAGGCAAUUGAUGAUGAUUGCAAUCAAACUGGACAAAUGGUUGCAGGGCUCCUAAAUUGGCCACAAGGGACUUUUGCUUCUAAGGUUGUGCUCGAUAAGGAGAAGCAAGUACUGACCGUCGAUAGAGAGGUAGAUGGCGGUCUUGAGACUUUGUUUUUAGACUUACCAGCCGUAAUCACCACCGAUUUGAGGCUGAACCAGCCGAGGUACGCCACACUCCCCAACAUAAUGAAAGCCAAAUCGAAAACCAUCAAGAAGUACACUCCAAAGGAUUUAAACGUCGAAAUCAAGCCAGACUUCGAGGUUGUUCAAGUGACCGAGCCUCCAAAGAGAAAGGGCGGGAUUAUUGUCUCUUCAGUCGACGAGCUAAUCGACAAGCUAAAAAACGAAGCUCGUGUCAUUUAGUUUUAACCAAAAAAAAAAUCCAUCUUCCCUAACCCAUCCCACCUACUCUUUUGCUCAAAAUAAAAGCCUUUGUGUACUUAAUUAUCAUUCAAUAAUCACCAUUGAAUUGAAUAAUAAUAAUAGUAUUAAUACAAUUUAGCAUCUUAAUCAUAGUGACAUCUUCAAUAUGUAAUUUUCUUAUGGUUGAAAAUCUAAUCUCAGACUCAGACAGAGUCAGCAAAGUUGAGCAUCUAAA